AUGGCCCAUGACAGUUGCAAUAUUGAUGCCCGUAUUAGACGAGUACCUCCUGUUUAUUUUCACGGACUUAGAAAUUACGAUGCUCACUUCCUGGUAUCAAAUUUCACCGCGGACAUGGAUGUAGAAGUUAUCCCAUGUACCAGUGAGAGGUUUCUCUCCUUCUCGGUACAGAGGGGAAAACGUAAGGUGAGGUUUGUGGAUAGCGCCGCCGUGAUGCCAGCCUCAAUUGACAAGUUGUCAAAAUCCCUUGCUCAUGGCAACAACACGGAACAUUUCAAGACGACCAAGAAAAUGUUUUCGAGUUCCAACGGACGAACCGCCCUCUACCGCGAUGGGAAUGUUGAACUGUUAAUGGGGAAAGGAAUUUAUCCCUACACUUAUAUGCAAUCCUUGGAGAACUUCAAAGAGGAGAAAUUACCAGGAAUUGAACAUUUCUUCAAUGACCUCACCGAGGAGCCCUGUUCCCCUAAGGACUACCAAAACGCCCAAAAGGUUUGGAACAGCUACAAAAUCAAAAACUUGGGGGAAUGGCAUGAUCUUUACUUUUUACUGGACGUAAGCAUUCUCGCUGAUUGUCUCGAGAGGACUCGAGACAUUUUGUGGGAUUCCUACGGGUUGGACGUGGCGCACUACCUAAGCCUCCCCAUGGUGGCCUUCGAUGGAGUCUGCAAACUCGGGGACGUUGAACUGGAGUACUUGGGCUUAGACGAGUACCAAUGGUUUGAAACUGGAGUUCGCGGGGGGGUCUGUGGAGCCGGGGGAAUGAGGAUUGCGCAGGCAAACAACCCUUACAUGCAAGAAUUGCAUGAUAAAAAUAAACCAACGUCUUAUAUAUCUUUUUUAGAUAUCAACAAUUUGUAUGGAUCUGCAAUGUGUGAAUUCCUACCGUUAAAGGACUACAAGUGGAUGACUCAAGCCCAGCUCGAUUCUGUAUCCCUCGAUCCUCACAAGUUUUUCAACUCUGUUGCCGAUGACGCUACCACUGGUUACUUUUUCGAAAUUGAUAUAAUCGCACCCCCAGAUACCCAUAAUAAGCUAAAUGACUACCCCCCUGCUCCAACACAUCGUAUAAUUACUUCAGAAGAACUAUCCGAAUUCCAACAACAUCAAGUAGAGCAAUUGGAAAUUCCAAACUCAGCCUUUACGACUUCAAAACUAGUGGCGGACUUGAACCCGAAGCUGAAUUAUGUCUGUCACUUUAGAAACAUUAAACGUUUUCUACAAUUGGGGCUCAAGAUUACAAAGAUUCAUCGAGGCAUGCAGUUUACCCAGGCUCCGUGGAUGAAAAAUUUUGUUGACUUCAACACUAGAAAACGUAUUGAAGCGGUCACGGAGUACGAGAAGAACUUCUACAAGCUUCUUAAUAAUGCGGCCUUCGGGAAGUCAAGUCCCAUGAACUUGAAAGGAAAAGGUCUGGUAACCACAAAAUGA